AAAGCCUAGAUUGCAGACCGCGGCUCACAAAGGCUUGGUUGGCUGCAAGCAGAGGGGGGCCUGGCAGGCUGAGAUUUAUGCAGAGUUCCUGAGAGCUUGCCAACACCAACCAGGAGGUUUAGAACAGCCUGGCUUUGUAGCAGGGGAUUUUGUACUGCCCACGCACUGCCUAGGAAUUCGUGAAUCCCCUCCUCUCCUGCAAGUAAGCUGAGAAUCACCGUUCUAGUCGUUUCCAGUCGAAACCCAUAGUACGUGAGAGAGGACCAUUCAUUGAUUCACCACCAUUUGGCGAAGAUCUGCGAUGUACCAACCACGAUGCAGGGCCCUGGGAUACAAAGAUGAGUAAAACCGUAGAUCCCUGCCCCCCAGCAGCUCAAGUUCCCAUAUAAUUGUGAUCCAAAUGACUUUAGCUCUCUGAACGCCAGUUUCCUGGUCUGUAAAAGGGAGGUGAAAAUCCCAGGGUCAUAGAGUGGUUUUGAGUAUCACAUGAAUAAUUCACAAUACAUGGGUAAUUGAAAACAAGCAAAUAGACAAGCGUGGCAGUUUGCAGAAGCAGCACAGAAAAGGAUCUCCAGCUGAGACAGAAGCCUGGGGGAAAAGCUCGUGGGUGACGUGACCACAGACAGGCAGGAGGGAGCUAUGCCUACUUUAUCCAAUCUGACACAGACCCUGGAAGAUGUCUUCAAAAGGGUGUUUAUUACUUAUAUGGAUAACUGGCGCAGGAACACAACAGCUGAGCAAGAAGCCCUACAAGCCAAACUCGAUGCUGAGAACUUCUACUACGUCAUCCUGUACCUCAUGGUGAUGAUCGGAAUGUUCUCGUUCAUCAUCGUAGCCAUCCUGGUGAGCACGGUGAAAUCCAAGCGGCGGGAGCACUCCAACGACCCCUACCACCAGUACAUCGUGGAAGACUGGCAAGAGAAGUACAAGAGUCAAAUCUUGAAUCUAGAAGAAUCAAAGACCACUUUCCACGAGAACGUGGGUGCAGCAGGGUUCAAAAUGGGACCUUGAGAAACAGAAUAGGCACAAAGCCAACAUCUGAUAUCUGGGUCUGAAGAGAUGCCCUGUUGUGGAGCAAACCCAAGUUGUCAUUGGUUAGGAGACACUCAGUUCCUUGCUUGCUGUGGAGAACUUUCACGGAGAUCAUGUGGCCGCUCAACCAAGAUCGAUGACAUUUUACUCUCGGUGAUUUAUACUUGCUCAUUGGAGCCAUAUUUUAUGUGGAAGACCUCUUUUAAGUUCUGGGCAAUGUUAAUGGCAUUUUAAUCAAUGUCCACUGUGACAAAUGUUGUCAAGUUAGUGAAAAUAAAGUCAAAUUUGUAGUGAA